GUGCAUGAUCUACCAUGGACAAAGUGCUCUGCAGCCUCCUGAUUCUCGGAACAGCAGCGAUGAUGGUCCAUGCGUGUCCUAAAUACUGUGUCUGCCAGAACUUGUCUGAGUCGCUAGGCACACUUUGUCCUUCCAAGGGCCUCCUGUUUGUGCCUCUGGACAUCGAUCGCAGGACUGUGGAGCUCCGCUUGGGUGGCAACUACAUCAUCAGAAUCACCCAGCAGGACUUUGCCAACAUGACAGGGUUGGUAGACCUGACGUUGUCCCGAAACACAAUCAGCUCCAUCCAGCCCUUCUCCUUUGUUGACCUUGAGACCCUGCGAUCCCUUCACAUGGACACCAACCGGCUAACAGAAAUAGGGGCAGAUGCCUUGAGGGGACUGGUCAACCUGCAGCACCUAAUUCUCAACAACAACCAGCUGAGCCACAUCUCAGAUGAAGCCCUUGAGGACUGCCUGUUCACCUUGGAGGAUCUGGACCUCUCGUACAACAACCUCCAGGGUGUCCCAUGGGAAUCCAUCCGCAAGAUGGUGAACCUGCAUCAGCUCAGCUUGGACCACAACCUCAUUGAUUACAUAGCAGAAGGUACCUUCACUGACCUCCAAAAGCUGGCCAGGUUGGACAUGACCUCCAACCGGCUACAGAAGCUGCCCCCUGAUCCCAUCUUUGCCCGCUCACAGAAUAACGUGGUGCUUUCAACCCCCUAUGCCCCUCUCUUGACUCUCAGCAUUGGAGGGAACCCUUUGCAUUGCAAUUGUGAGCUUCUGUGGCUCAGGAGACUGGAUCGGGAGGAUGAUAUGGAGACCUGCGCUUCCCCUCCAAGCCUCAAGGGCCGGUACUUCUGGUACGUGAAAGAGGAGGAGUUUGUGUGUGAGCCACCCCUGAUCACCCAGCACACCCACAAGCUCCUGGUGCUGGAAGGCCAGACAGCAAGCCUCAAAUGCAAAGCCAUAGGAGAUCCACCACCAGUCAUCCACUGGGUGGCUCCCGAUGACAGACUGAUCGGAAACUCGUCCAGGGCUGUAGUCUAUGACAAUGGCACUUUGGACAUCAUGAUCACCACCUCCAAGGACUACGGCACCUUCACCUGCAUCGCUGCCAAUGCCGCAGGGGAGUCAACCACCUCCAUUGAGCUCUCCAUCAUCCAGCUACCCCACCUCAGCAAUGGUACUGGACAAACUUCACAGCCCAAGUCCAGGCUCUCGGACAUCACCAGCUCAACCAAGACCAACAAGGGAGAGGCCAAGAGCCCACUGGAGAGGGUGGUGUCUGUGUCAGAGGUGACAUCAGUCUCCGCCUUGGUCAAGUGGUCAGUCAGCAAAGCAGCGCCCAAGGUUAAAAUGUACCAGCUCCAAUACAAUUGCUCCGAUGAUGAAGUCUUAAUUUACAGGAUGAUUCCGGCAGAAAGCAAAGCCUUCCUGGUGAACAAUCUGGUGUCUGGAGUUCAAUAUGAUCUUUGUGUCUUGGCUAUAUGGGAUGAUACAGCCACCACUCUCACGGCCACCAAUGUGGUGGGGUGUGCCACAUUCAUUACCAGAGAAGAUUACCCACAGUGCCAGUCUCUACACAGCCAGUUCCUGGGUGGAACCAUGAUCCUGAUCAUUGGAGGGAUCAUCGUGGCCACCCUGCUUGUCUUCAUCGUCAUCCUGAUGAUCCGGUAUAAAGCGAGCAGCAGCGUUAAUUCUGGGAAGUUACCAAAUGUCAGUAACACUUACUCGCAGACUAACGGGGACCAUAAUGUCCAAAAUGGGGUGUUGUCUCAAGUGAAGCCCAAAGUGGUUGUGCGAGACGAGCUAAAGGAGUUUAACUGUGGCUCUUUGCACAGCAGCUUGUCCUCAUCCUCUUGCAGAGAUUGUGACGACUACAGCCUCCACAGUGACAGGAGCACCCUGUCCAACAAGUGGACACCUGUUUCCAGGUCCCGUCACAACUUAGACCACCUUUUGGGGGCCUUCACCUCUCUAGAUCUGAGGGGUCAGAGGCGAGAGGAUGUUCCGACCGAUUCCAAGAACUCCACUCUGGCCCCGCAUUCUGACAAGGAGCCCCUGCUGGGCCAUGGGGAGUCCAAGCUCAGAAGCCUUCUCACAUUACCUUUGGAGAGUAAGCCCAAACGGAGCCACUCAUUCGACAUGGGGGACUUUGUCUCCACCCAGUGCUGUAGCUAUCCCAAAAAGAUCUCAAACAUCUGGACUAAGAGGAGCCUCUCGGUCAACGGGAUGCUGCUGCAGUGUGAAGCGGAUGACCUGGCAGGCAGCAAGGUGAAUUAUGGGAGUUCCGAAUGGGUCAUGGAAAGCACUGUCUAAUGCUCAGUCGCUGGGUCUUCUGGUCAAAUAAGGCAAUAAGGGAAAAUAAAAAGUGGGACAGACUAGCACCCUAUAACUGUACUGCAUGAAGACCAUCAGUGUGUGACACCUAUUGACCUCUGUUCUUUUAUACUUAUUUUUAAUCACAUUGCAUUAACUUCCAGGAGGCCUUGGACAGGCAAAAUCAAGUGCUCAGCUUGGGAAACCUAAAGAAAGAUGUGUUAUGAUACCCAAAAGCCUAAGGUGACCAAACAUUGUGCUGGUUGUACGUUUUUGAAAUGCCUGCAAAACAAAUUCUGAUGUAAAUCUAUCUCCAGAGGAGUCAUAUUUUGGUCAAGGGGUGGUUUUGAGUGGCAUUGGUUAACAAAGCGAACGCACAUGACUACCAGUAAAUUUGGAUUACAACAAAGAAAAUCCUAAAAUGAAAUUGGAUACAGAUUGGGGUGAUUCAGUGACGAGGAAUUGAGGGAACUCACAACUGAUUGCGCAGUAUAAAUACAAAAAGUAUAUAAAUAUUGCAAAAAGAAACUACAUUGUAAUGGAUUUCAAAGUCAUGGUUUCCUAUGAAUAAGGUCCAUUGGUGGCUGCAAAGUAUCAAGUUGGGGUCUGGAUAUGUGCAUUUCCCAUACUUCAAUUGUAAGAAUGAAAGCCAAUUGUAGACGUCUACCUACUCCCUUAAAGGUCAUUUAUGUUGAUCUAAAGUUGUGGGUACUUUCCUCCUUUUUAUUGUUUGCUUGAAAUGAUGAUCGUAGCCGAUGCACUCCUUUAAACCCAAAGGUAUUCGAAUGAAUUUAAAAUGCAUUUUGAGUCAACCAAAAUCUCUAAUUAUAGUAUCUGGAAAACACAUCCUUGUAAAUUCUUCCAAAGUCAUGUUUCAAGAACAUUGUAAAACAAAUGGAGUAGAGCUACACUAUAAUGAACACUCGUCAAAUAUCUAUUAAAAAGAACAAUGAAACUGACGAAAGUAAACAUGUUGUCAGUUAUCAGUUAAUCUGAUUAAGCCCUUUUUCUUAACAGGACUGUUCUUAUUGUUUACAAUUUUCUAUUUCUUCAGUGAAGCACAGACAUGCUCCAUAUAUCUUCAAUCAACACCCUAAAUAAUAGCCUCUAUGUUUCUCUGCAUUUGUUACAUUGUGUUCCAUUUACUUUUUUGAAUGUAUUUAUUUAUUUUGGUUAACUGGCUGUAAUGUUCUGUAUAUUCCAUAUUGCACAGUAAGUGUGAUGAGAAACUGUACAGUAGUAGUUACUGUCACAUGAACAUGUAUUUGAUUCUGCAGUCACAUUUCUCACCUGGAGUAGAAAAUAAGUUUCUGUGGUUAAAACUUUGUUUUGCUCCAAAACGAUAAACAUCAAGAAUUCUCUAAAAAACAAAACAAAACAAAAAAAAAAAAAUCGUGUGUGCAAAUUAUUUCAUAACUUUCCAAAGUGCACUGGCAGUAUACAGUACUGUGGUCCAUAUACCUUUUUUGACAGUGUUGUGAGAAGUGUUAUGACAAUUGUUUGUGCAGUACAGUGCUCAGCUUGUGACAACUAUCUGUGCAGUACAGUUUGUUUUACCCAAAUUAUAGUAUUUUACCUUGAUUUACCAUAUCUUAGUUGCACUUGGUGGGAUGUGUUUACAUCUUUAGAUUAGUGAAGGGAUUUUCACCUAUCAAGACUUCAAUUUAAAAUGCUCUCACAAUCCACAUCAGCACUGUCCUUAUUAAAAAAUCAAGGUACUGUUCCAGCCUAAAAUAAAAUGUUAGUUCAUCAUCUAUCAGAAAAGAAGAUGCCACUGGAUGCCUGCUUGUCUGCUUGCAUAACAUUGAAACAUUUUCUGCUGUGGGGAGCUACAGUAUGCUAAUGUAACAUUUAUGUUCCUGUGUUUUUUAAGCAGGAUUCUUUUGAGCAAUAAGAUCUGUCAAUAUAUAUCCAUCCCAUUCCCGUUAGGGGUUGCCAGGAGUAGAUCUGGUCUCUGGAAACAUGGCAUAUACAGCCUUGUAGUACAUACACCCAUAUACAAUUGAACACAACAUUUUUGCAUUGCAUUUUUGCAGUUUUACCAUGUUUGCUCAAUAUCAAUAUGCUUUACUUGUUUUUAAAAUGUUUUUGUGAGUUUCACCAUACUUUCACUGGGCUUUAUUACACUAUGUUAUGCUUUUAUUAUGGUAAUCUUUUAUAAUGACAUGGACAUUGCCAUUGCUUGCUACAGUAUGAAUUUGGUUGUGCAUCUUUUUCUGCUCCUAGUCACUAAAGUGUAUGUUGUGUUAAGAACACAUCAGUAGCACUUUAGAAUACAAGGCAUGCAUAAACAUGGGUUGAAAAGUACAACAUUCACUUGCUUCAAAGUCUUAAUUUAUAUUUAGCACAAAUUAGUAUAGAUGCCUAAAUACAGGCUUUUCCAUUUGGAAACCCUUUAAAAUAACUGAACAUGGUUUCAUAAACUGCAAUUUUGCAUACCACCUUUUGUGAAUACAAUUAACAAUCGAUUAAGCCCAGUCACAGGUAUAGAAAAAGGAGCAGUUGAUGAAAGCAGGGCAAGCAGCAGAGCACAGUAGCUAAACCAAGCCAAACCAAAAGGAAGGACUACAAUUCUACUUUAUAUCUUCCUGGACUGAAAGCAGGUAACUACCUCUAGAACACCCAGAGAUGAUUACCUACCAGCUCAGCAUCUACAGCUGUGCCCUUUGUUAGUAAGUAUACCACUUGAUUAUACACUUGCACUGCCUGGGCUCUAUUGUAUGUAGUUGUGAAAUAUUUAAAGACCCACUUACUUAAUUAACAGUUUUUGUUGUUUCUUUCUGUAAAUAAACACGCACAAGUGCUUAA